CAUAGGCUGUGUGUGCGAUGGGUUCGGUUUGGAAGCAAUAUACGAGACAUAGCCUACGCGUCCAUCGAUCGAUUUUGUGAAAAACAGGUGGAGAAACGCACAAAUUAAUAGGAGAUAAUAGGGUGUAUACGAGGAGAUCAGAGAGCAACGUAUAGGGCCUAUUUACUAUAUCAUAAAUAUCAAGUACGAUUCAACUAAUAUUGAUGCCUGCGACCUUAGAGUUCCUUGCCGAUCUCUUAAUUAGCUACGAGGGAUUGUAGUAAAUUGAAUUUUAUUGAACCAAUCAGUAAAUCAUGAUGAAACGUCACGUGCGGAAAGCAUUGAAAUACUGCAUGUUUGCAAUAUUUAUAGUAUUCAUCUGUACUAUUGGUAGAGGAAUCUUCCGAAAUGACGGCAUUGACGCUAGACAUGAAGAUCUUGAUAUCGGUUUUGAGCAAGUACUUGAGGUUGUUGAAAGGCAAGAUGAGAAGCCGAUUAAUCGUAGGACCAUGCCACGAUUCGUGAACGAUGCCGCUCGCCAGGCCGCAGAGGAGCAGGAAGUCAAACCCAAUGUAUUAGAUGAACACAUGGGUCUUGUACAUGAAAUGCAUGAUAUAAAACUACACCAGCAAGAAAUAGAUGAUCACUUUGCUGAUGGAGAAUUCAUAUUACCCAACAAUCCACCAAAGGCUAAAAUCUAUAAGACAAAGAAAGAUGACCUUAAGGAUACAAGAAAGUUGGGGGACCAUCUUCUAAAGCCGAGGACAUCAUCAUCAUCAUCAGAGGGUGUUGCUCAUAAUAUCACCAAGGUAAAAGAUGGUGUGAAGGAAGACGUACGACAAGAACAUCUACCAGACCUUCACAGACCUGCUAUCAACAAUGUAGCAGCGGAUGGUUUACCAAACAAGGAGAAUAUAAUCACAACAGAGGCUCCUCAACUUAUCAUCAUUGAUCCUGAUAAAUUUAAAUUUAAGAAAGAGCUUCCAGAGAGACUGUUUGAUCCUGCUCAUCCACUGGGAGAGAUGGGUAAACCUGUUAUCUUUGAAGGUGACAUGAAGACCCAUGCUGAUGCUCUUUACCAUAAGAAUGCAUUCAAUCUCCUAGCUAGCGACAUGAUAGCAUUCAAUAGAUCAUUACCUGAUGUGAGACCACAACAAUGUAAGUCGCUGGUUUAUCCUGAGGUACUACCUACUACCAGUGUCAUCAUCAUUUUUCACAACGAGGCUUUCAGUGCUUUGCUCCGGACAGUGCAUAGUGUUAUCAACAGGUCACCUAGGCAUCUCCUAAAAGAGAUCAUCCUGGUGGACGAUGCCAGUACACAGGAACAUUUAAAAGUGAAGCUUGAUGAUUAUAUUUCUCGCCAUUUUCACUCGUCUGCUCGGGUACGUAUUGAACGGUUACCCACUCGUUCAGGGUUGAUUAGAGCCCGUAUCCAUGGUGCUUUGAAUGCUAUCGGUGAUAUAUUAACCUUUCUGGAUUCACAUUGUGAAGUCAACGUAGGAUGGCUUGAGCCUCUUCUAGCUGUUAUCGAUAAAGACAGGAGGAAUGUUGUUACCCCUACAAUAGAUGUUAUAGAUGACAAUGACCUAGCAUACAAAGGGAGUGACCAACUCCCUCAGGUCGGCAGUUUUGGUUGGACAAUGGCUUUUCGUUGGACCGCGAUACAAACCAUGGAUCUAGAAGAGGCAAAAAGAAACCCAACCUUACCGAUCAGAUCACCCACUAUGGCGGGAGGGCUAUUCUCCAUAGAUAAGGGCUACUUCAUGGAAUUGGGCAUGUAUGAUCCUGGUUUUCAGAUCUGGGGAGCUGAGAAUAUAGAGCUUUCUUUCAAGACGUGGAUGUGUGGUGGAUCUCUGUAUACCAUGGCCUGUUCACACGUGGGUCAUAUCUUCCGCAAGUUUGCACCUUACAGUGGCAUGGGCAGUUACUUUCACCGUAACAACAAGCGCCUCAUUGAAGUAUGGCUAGGUGAUGCACGUGCUUUCUACUAUAAACUACAUCCAGAUGUGUUGAGGAUAGAUGCUGGAGACAUUCAAGAUCAGAUUAAUCUUCGUAAGAAGCUGGAUUGCAAGUCAUUUGACUGGUAUCUUGAUAAUGUAUUCCCAGAAUCACCCUGGCCGAGGAAGGGAAGCAUUUUCGGGUUUAUACGGAAUCCUGACUUUAACAUUUGCCUUGACAAGAGAGCUGAUAAGAAGAUCACAGGAAGUCCGUGUGGACGAUUCAAUGAAAAACGGCUGUGGGAGUACACCAGCCUCAAUGAGCUGAAGCAAGAGUUAGAUUGCAUUGAUUACACUGGAGAAGGAGCAGAAUUAUCCACAUAUCACUGUCACAAGGGCAAAGGAAAUCAGCUAUGGACAUGGAACAAUUCGGUAAUGUGUCUAAAGAUUUACAAUUGA